UUUCAAACCUCAGAAGAAGACAGCGGUUCAGCUUUGUUUACUUUUAAGAUGACUGCUCAAUUACAUACAUUUUCUGAAAGCACUGGCUAUCUAGUUUAGAACCAGACAAUAGAAUGUAAGAACAAGGAAAAUAAAAAAACACACACGACAUGGAGGAAUCGUGGGAUUUUGAAUUCUUGUCUCGAAUGGUUGACAGUCUGGUGUCCUUUCUGUCCGAGUUUGUGGACGAUUGGCUGGCCAACGACAUGAGAGUUACAGUGUUUAAGAUACUGUUCACCUGGCUCAUCAUCAGUCUCGUAGCCAUCCACUUUGCCUGGAAAGUGUACGGGAACACUGUCAACGAUAUGUACUACAGACAGGGGACUGGAGGACAGAAUGGCGGGACACCUGACACUGCGCCUCACCUGAGUGGAUGGGAAAGUGCAGCUGGUGAUGCCAUGAAAACCCACCGUGAGUGAUGUACCUGCAACUGGACUAAGAUCACAGACACACACAAUGGCAAUUACAUUCCUUCAAGAAGACUAAAUAAUCAUAACUUCUGCCACUGAAUCAGUUUUACUUGUGAAGAUGCAAAACUCAAGGUCCAAACACAUGAAUAUAGGCUCUAAAAUACUAGACAGAAUGGUGCUGUGCAUGGCAAAGAAAGCAUUAAAGGAGUAUGCUGUGAUAUAUAGCAGCUUUAAUUUUUUUUAGAAUGCUUUAAUUUAUUUGGAUUGAAACUGGAAGCCAGUAGAUAGCAAAACUUGAACCAUUCUCACACAGUAUCAUUUGACUAACAACUGACAGGAAUACUACUCUAAAUGAAGGUCCCAAAUGUUCACAUAGUCAUCUGGUCUGUAUGUAGAAAUCAAACAUUUAAUAUCAGUGUUGUAAGAAAAUAGACUUGACUGUACAGAGAUAAAAAAAAAAAAAUAAUACAUCAAGUGUGCCUCUACCACGCUUUCAGUCCAAGAGGUUACUGCUGUCUCUUUUCAGUGAAAAUAAUAAAUACUAUUUGUAUCUGA